AUGGAGAAACCAGAGGGAAAAGAAAUCCGCAGCAACAUCAGGUUAAGCGAAGUGAGGAUACCCGAGUUCAGCGGCAAAAUUGAGGACUGGGAGUCAUUCCAUGACUUAUUUAAAAAUUUGGUGCAUAAUUCGCCUCAUUUUUCCGAAGUAGAGAAAUUAUACAGGCUGAAGGCAGCCAUUAAAGGAGACGCAGCUCAACUAAUUCAGCAUUUAAAAAUAACCGACUCCAAUUAUGAAGCUGCCUUUGAAUUAUUGAAGAAAAGGUACGAGAAUAGGAGAUUGAUGUUCACGAAUUUGUGUGAUAAGAUUCUGGACCAACCAGUAAUGAAUAGCGAUUCAGCGGCAAGUAUAAGACGCAUGCUUGACACUACCAAAAACUGUGUAAUGGCGUUGAGGGGCAUGAAUGUGUCUACAAAGGAUGCUGAACCAUUUAUUGCCAGAAUAAUUGUGAGAAAGUUUGAUAAAGAUGGGUUGCGGCUAUAUGAGCAACAAGUAAGGAAGCCGAGAGAAAUUCAAACUUUGGAUGAUGUCUUAGAAUUUUUGCAACAACAAUACCUUGCGUUGGAAGCGGCGGGAGAGCAAGAAGUGAACUGGGCACGGGGUGAUAGAAUGCAGGAAGAUGUUGGCAAUGACACCGGCAGAGAGAAAGCCUGCGACAGAAAAUGCAAUAGUGUUGUGCGCUGCAACAAAUGUGGAGGUAAUCACCAUCAUUAUCUUCACAAUGGUGACCAAAGAAGCGUUAAUCAGCAAGUUAAUCCCACAUCAUCUAUGGUAAUUGAGAGAAAACAACAACAAGUUUUAUUGGCAACAGCAUUGGUAAAAGUACGGGCAGCGACGGGAGAAUUUGAGUUGCUACGGGCAAUGAUAGAUCAAGGGUCACAGAUAACAUCAAUUUCGGAAGAAGCUUCGCAGAUUUUGGGAUUGCCAAGGAUAAAAGAAAAAACGGAAAUACACGGCUUGGGUGGUACUUUGGUUGGUGUGUCGAAGUACAAAGUGGACUUAGUUAUAAAGCCAAGAUUUCUUAGCAAACAUGUAUUCAAUUCACAGGCGAUGGUACUACCUACGAUAAUGAGCCAGCAGCCAGGUAAAUCCUUCGACAUAGAUAUGAAGCAAUGGCGAAACUGUAUGUUGGCUGAUCCAUUCUUCAAUAAAUCCGAUCGCAUUGAUCUAAUAAUCGGUGGAGACAUUUACGCCGACAUAAUGGAAAAAGGGCAGAAGAGAGUAAGCGGUCCGUUCUCACAACAAACGAAACUUGGUUGGAUAGUAUCUGGAGCUCUAUCCAAUGGAAUAAGCAAAGUGGAAAAAGUGCAGGUGGCUGCGACUAACCUUGAACGUUUUUGGGAAGUAGAGGAAGUGGAAGCAGAAGAUCAGUGUACAAAUGAUGACCAGUGGUGCAUGCAGAAUUUUGAAAAAUCGACCGUUAUUCGAGAUGAUGGUCGAUUGAUGGUGUCAUUACCUUUUAAGGCUGAUAUGGAACUAGGCGAAUCCAAACCGCAAGCAAUGGCCAGGUUUUUGAAUGGUGAAAAGAAGUUGGAGAAAUAUCCAUCACUAAAAGCUGAAUAUAUAACCUUCAUGCGAGAGUAUCGGGAACUGGGUCAUAUGGUGCAAGUACCGAUGGAGAUGAAAGGAAAAUAUUACUUACCGCAUCAAGCAGUGAUCAGAGAAGAUAGCCGAACAACGAAAGUGCGAGUGGUGUUUGAUGCAUCAGCGAAAACAUCGAAUCAAAGAAGUUUGAAUGACAUAAUGCACACUGGACCUAAACUUCAACGCGAUAUAUUUGAUAUAAUGUUGAAAUGGCGUUUAUGGAAGUAUGUAUUGACAGGAGACGUGGAAAAGAUGUAUCGGCAGAUUGUAGUGAGGCCAGAAGAUCAAGAAUAUCAAUACAUACUUUGGAGAGAGAACAGAGCGGAACCAAUAAAGCAAUAUCGUUUAACAACAGUAACAUAUGGCACAUCAGCGGCGCCGUUUCUGGCAGUAAGGUCACUAUUCAUGAUAGGUGAUUACUGCAAAGAGGAGAUGGUGAAAAAUAUUAUAAAAGAAGAUUUUUAUAUGGAUGACCUCAUGACUGGAGCUGAUACUGUAAAGGGAAGUCAACAUAUUCUGCAAUCAGUGGCACAGCAGCUGCAGAAGUUUAAUUUUCAUUUGAGAAAAUGGAUUUCAAAUGACCCUAAAAUUACGGAAAUUGUAGAAAAUCGAGGACGCAAUGAAGUUAUAUCGAUUAAAGACGACGAGUCCAUAAAAACCUUGGGUGUUGGGUGGGAUCCCAAUAUGGACCACUUUCGAUUCAACGUCAGCUUUAGUAAUCCUUCACAAAUGACAAAGAGAAAAGUACUGUCAUUGGUAGCUAGAAUUUUCGACCCAUUGGGAUGGUUAUCACCAAUAACGGUGGUAGCAAAAUUGAUCGUUCAGAAGCUGUGGCUGUUAAAUAUAGAUUGGGAUGAGACGAUACCCGAGGAAAUUUUGACGCAAUGGCUAGAAUUCGCAAAUCAUUUGGAUUCUCUUCAUAAAAUAAAAAUCCCUAGAUGGCUGGGUACAUCGACAACUACAAAGUUCGAGCUUCAUGGCUUUUCAGACGCGUCCGAGAAAGCAUAUUCCGCAGUAAUAUUCAUUAAAUGUGAAAUGAGGGUGACUUUACUAACUGCCAAAAGUAAGGUCAACCCAAUCAAAAAUAAAAAGACGCUGCCAAAAUUGGAGCUGUGUGGUGCACAUCUGUUGGCGAGAUUGUUGAAUAGGGCAGAGAAAAUCAUAGGAAGAGAGACGAACGUGUUUGCAUGGACUGAUUCAACAAUCACACUGGGGUGGAUCCAAAAUAAUCGUAGCAAGGACAAAUUCAUUAAGAAUAAGGUGCAGGAUAUAAAUGUGCUUGUACCAACAGCAACAUGGAGAUAUGUUGGCACAAAGGAAAAUCCAGCAGAUAUUGCAUCAAGAGGUAUUCAACCACAUCGGCUAAUGGACUAUAAGCUAUGGUGGAAUGGUCCUGAAUGGUUGCGGGAGCCUUCAAGUCAUUGGCCUGAACUACCACAGAGGACUGCAGUGAUAGCAUCGACGAUGGUAACAACAGAAGUAAAUUUUUUGGAUGAUAUAAUGACGAGAUACUCCAGGUUUUCUAAAAUGCGGCGUGUAGUGGCAUACGUCAUUCGAUUUAUUGAGAGGACAAGGAAUAAAAUCAAAAUUUCCGGUGGUUUAGCUGUCCAUGAACUUAUAGAAGCUGAAGAACAUAUACUAUCACGUCAUCAGCAAGUUAUGUUUUCUAAAGAAAUUAUAUCUUUAAAAAGAGGAUCUUUAAUUGAUCGAGGCAGCCGUAUAGUGGGACUACAUCCUUUCUUAGACAGAAGAGGCAUACUUCGAGUUGGUGGUCGACUGCAAAAUGCAAAUAUGUCCUUCAAUCAAAAACAUCCAAUUGUAUUGAAUAAAUGGAAUUUGACAGCCGCAAUAGUGCGAUCGUUUCAUCUGGCAACUUUACAUGGAGGAAACAGAUUGACUGAAACAUCCACAAAACGCAAAUAUUGGAUUAUUGGCUUGAAAGCAGCGAUAAAAAAAGUGUAUACGAUCGUGUCCAAGAUGUAUACGGUACAAACAAGAGACAGCGAAGCAGAUAAUGGGUAA